AUGUCUCUACGCUACCUGACGGCGAAGCUCGCGCAACAAAUCGAUGAGGAGCUUAUGAACGCUGCUGGAGCGUUCAGCAUCGACCAGCUGAUGGAACUUGCGGGUCUAGCAUGUGCGCAGACGCUUGCGACAGUGUAUAGCAGGAGAAGAAACCAGGGAGGUGAUGGGCUCGUUGCGGCGAGGCAUCUUGCUACCAUUUGGAUGCCGAAGUCUCAAUCGCCACCAAAGCGCCUCAAGACGCAAUGCGACAAUAUGCACAUCCAGACCAUCGCGCCGAGCAGCGAUGUCCAGCCCCUCCGCGACGCACUCGCCCGCUCCGAUGUCAUUCUCGACGCCAUCUUCGGCUUCUCUUUCCAGCCACCCGUCCGCGCGCCCUUCGAUGCGGCCCUUCCGCUGAUCAGCCAGUCGGGGUUGCCCAUCGUCUCGGUCGACAUCCCUUCGGGGUGGGACGUCGAGAAGGGCAACGCUGUGGGUGUCGGUUUGAAUCCAGAUGGAUUCAAGGGCCGUCACUUCCUUGGCGGCAGAUUCGUGCCAAAAGCUAUGGAAGAGAAGUUCCAGCUCAACCUGCCGGCCUACCCUGGCUUCGACCAGAUCGUCGAGCUGCCCUCCGCUGAGAGUUCCCAGAAGCUGUGA